CACCACUCUCUCUUCUCCCUCGGUUUCGUCGCCUCCUCACUCUCUCUCUCUCUCUCUCUCUCUUCUCGCUCUCGCUUCCUCGCUCUUCUACGCAUCGAAGCUUCGAGAGGGAUCGGGAGAGGCGAGGGGGGGGAAAUGCUCCUGAUCCGAUCCCUGCGCUCGCGCCUACGCCCCCCUGCGGCGGCGGCGGCGGCGGCGGCGGGGAUAUCGACCUCGGCGGCGGCGGCGGAGGCGGAGCGGACGAUACGGGAGGGGCCGAGGAACGACUGGGGCAGGAACGAGAUCAAGGCCAUCUACGACUCCCCCAUCCUCGAUCUCCUCUUCCACGGGGCUCAAGUGCACAGGAAUGUUCACAAGUUCCGAGAAGUGCAGCAGUGCACCCUUCUUUCUAUAAAGACGGGAGGAUGUAGUGAAGAUUGCUCGUACUGUCCGCAGUCGUCGCGCUAUGACACUGGAUUGAAAGCUCAAAAGAUGAUGAACAAGGAUACCGUCUUGGAGGCAGCGAAAAAGGCGAAAGAAGCUGGAAGCACACGCUUCUGCAUGGGAGCUGCUUGGAGAGAUACUAUCGGCAGGAAAACUAACUUCAACCAAAUCCUUGAAUAUAUUAAGGAAAUAAGGGGCAUGGGCAUGGAGGUUUGUUGCACUUUGGGCAUGUUGGAGAAGCAGCAGGCGGCAGAACUUAAAAAGGCAGGGCUCACAGCAUAUAAUCAUAAUCUUGAUACAUCAAGAGAAUAUUACCCCAACAUUAUUACCACAAGAUCGUAUGAUGAGAGACUGGAAACACUUCAAUAUGUCCGUGAGGCAGGAAUAAAUGUUUGUUCGGGAGGAAUUAUAGGCCUCGGGGAAGCAGAAGAGGACCGUGUAGGAUUGUUGCAUACGCUAGCCACCCUCCCUAUGCACCCUGAGAGCGUUCCUAUCAAUGCGUUGAUUGCUGUCAAAGGCACCCCUCUUCAGGACCAGAAGCCUGUUGAGAUAUGGGAGAUGAUCCGCAUGAUCGCCACUGCCCGCAUUGUGAUGCCAAAGGCAAUGGUGAGGCUAUCUGCCGGCCGAGUGCGGUUCUCAAUGCCCGAACAAGCUCUAUGUUUUCUUGCUGGGGCCAAUUCAAUCUUCACCGGCGAGAAACUACUAACGACGCCCAACAACGACUUUGAUGCUGAUCAACUGAUGUUCAAAAUCCUCGGAUUGACCCCGAAAGCUCCGAGUUUUGCUGAUGAAGAAGAGGUCGUUCCAGAACACCAGAGAAGCGAGCAAGCAAUCUCUAUGUAGGUUGUAUCCAUCUAUCCAGUUUAAUUUGCCAUUUAGAUUUGACUUUAAAUUGUUGUAUCCUCCUCCUAUACCUUUUCUUCGGCAGGAAAAUAAGGUUUAUUAAUUUAUUAGUUACUCUUUUUGAUGAUUCUCUUUCAAUUUGUGAGAAGUUUAUGCAAAUUCGCAGUUCUUUCGGAAACACACAAAGAAUAGUUUUAGAAACCUUUUGAGAGAAUGCACACCAUAUUGUUGUAGACUAUAUCGUUGUCAUUAACAUUUUGACAGACUCUUAGAUGAAUAAUUGUUUGUCAUAAUUUGGGUAAUGACAAUAAUUUAGAGAAGUAAUUUAUUACAGCAUUUUUAA